AUGGUCGCAAGCCUCUCCGGAACAGGGGCACCGCGGGUUUCAAGUAUAGAUAAGAUGGAGGGUGGAUUCAGCAAGGCCCUCCUUAUGACAACCCUGGAUGGCUCUGAAUACAUUGUCAAGAUCCCGUGCCCGAAUGCAGGAAGGCCUAUGCACUGCACAGCAUCUGAGGUUGCCGUCUUGAACUUCGUGAGGACACAUACCACAAUCCCCGUGCCAAAUGUUUUAGCAUGGAGUGCCGACUUAACCAACCCAGUAGGCACUGAGUAUAUUGUGAUGGAGCGAGUUCCUGGAGUUCAGAUCUUCAAGAAAUGGAAUGAAAUGGGAGAGGUCAACCGCAUAUCAAUCAUCAAACGUCUCACGCAAUGGGAGCAUGAGCUUGCUGAGAUUCCAUUUCCAGCCUAUGGCAGCCUAUAUCACAAAAGUUCCCUAAGCGAUCAUGAAAUAAUCCCGUUAGAUCCAUCUGUGGAUCCUGAAGGUCUAUUUUGCGUUGGUCCUUCCUGUGAUUCUCGCUGGCCCAUGCAGCAUAGUCCUAAUGUUCACUGCGGCCCUUGGAAAACAAUCGGUGACUUGGGCGAAUCUCUUAUCAAUCGCUCAAUUCUCGAAUCUCAACACCAUCUCAAUCCAAAACUACCAGCCUCCCUAAAUGGUCCCUUAGAGGAGCAUUUGAUAACCCUUGGUAUGGCAAAGGAAAUUAUGCCAGCAGUGGCAAAUAAUCCCAAGCUGCUAGCUCAGUCCCAGCCUAAAUUAUGGCAUGCCGAUCUUCAUAUGGGAAAUAUCUUUGUCGCCGAGGAUGACCCGGCUAAGGUCACUGGCUUCAUUGACUGGCAGCAUACUUCCAUCAGCCCCUUGUUUUUGCAUGUCAGAUGGCCCGUCUUCUUGUCUCCACCAGAAGACUACCCAGAGGGCCACGUAAUGCCUCAGCUUCCACCUGACUAUGAAGAUAUGGACGCCGAAGACAAGGAAAUUGCCCAAUACAACAAAGAAAAGGCUACUUGGGCGAAGGCCUAUGAGGUUGCAACCUUUCUGAAUGAUAGAAAAGCCUGGAGAGCAAUGCAAGUUCCCUUGCCACUAAAAGAACUAUUCCUUCGCUGUGGUGAUACCUGGGACGAGGGAAUCCUCCCGCUCCGGGAAACAUUGAUUGGACUUUUCCGCAGUCAGCGGGACCUCGGAUUCGAAGCAGAUCUAUCGUUGCACUUCAAUGACGAGCAGAUCGGAGCACACGAGAAGGAGUUUCAAGCCUAUGAAGAAUGGCACGAAAUACGCACCCUCGUCAAGAAAAUUCUUGAUACUGAUAAUGAUGGUUGGAUUGCUCCAGAGAGCGAUUUUAUCGAGAUGAAAUCUCGGCACAAGGUGUUGUUCGACUACUAUGUUUCCCAGCCAGAUAUUAACAAAACCCAAGAUGAAGUCCGGAACUUAUGGCCAUUUUAG